ACACUCUCUGAUAAACAGUACAUGGGUAUUUUUUUCAACCCAUUGUUGUUUUUGGCUGAACUAUUCUAAGAAAACUUUAAAAGCUUUAAAUAGUCUUUAAAAGAUGUUCAGUAAGAGGGAAUCAUGGAGCUGUUUAAGUCUGUAAGUGUGAAUGAAUCAUCAGUGUGUGAGAGAUACAGCUGCAUAAAUAUCUUCUCUGAAUCACACAUUGUUUCAGUCAGUCUACUGAGAUUCUGUGAUGGACCGUGUCCUCCGAGGUGCAUCCGUCAUGACCCCUGAGCUCCACGAUGAAGAUGUGAGUCGAUCUGAGGAAGACACGGAGUUGAGUCACAAAUCAUCGAACAAAAGCACUGCUAGAGUCUGUGACAACUAGCCCCGCUCUGAUGCCUGCAGCACUUCCUGGAUGCUGUUCUCCAUGUGAGUGGUUAGCUGAAGGCCUCUGGAGGAUUCUGGGAGAGUGUGAUGGUGCAGGUCUGUGGGAAUCCUCUUCAGCUCUUGAUCGUGUCUUGAGGCGAGAUGCAGGAUCUUCAAAGGCCUCGGAAGUUUGUCUUAAUGAGCGUCUCUCUGAGGCCCGAGCCGUGUUCGUUUGCAGCGUUUCAUCUUCAUCCUGUGCUCAGCCUCUACAGGAAGCACUUUAGGAUGAUUAAUUGAGCAGCAUCAUGAUCGCCACAGGGGGUCUGCUGCGGAUAUCUGCCAGGAGACAGGACUCGCUCCGCGCCAAGAACCGAGCCGAGAACAAGCGCAAGAGGAAAGAGAAGAAAAAGAGGAAGAAUGAGGUGGUGGUGGUGAAAGGAAAGCUGAAGCUGUGCUCUGUGUCUGGACUGGUCGCUGCUGUGGGGAUCCUGGUGCUUCUGGUUGGAGUGGCCAUGGCUGUGUUGGGCUACUGGCCCAAAGAGAGUCCACUGUACCCAGGACUGAUGACCACACAGGACUCUCCGAGGACUUACGAGAGCCGAGGGUCACUCAAUGUGACCGGCAGACCGCCUUGGGAUCUCCUAGAUCAAGACUUCAGGAGCGCUAAUGGGACUGCUGAGCUGGAUCCACCUAAACUGGGAGCGUUCACUGCAUUUAUCAACAGAUACCUGUACUCAGACCAGCUGAAGGUGUUCGGACCUUUAAUCAUGGGCAUCGGGAUCUUCCUAUUCAUCUGUGGCAAUGCAGUACUUCAUGAAAACAGAGACAAAAAGACUAAAAUCAUUAACCUCAGAGACAUCUACUCAACGGUGAUUGACAUUCAUAGUCUGCGGAGCAAGGAGUCGGCGCCGCUCAACGGAUUCAUGAACUUCUGCCAAGCGAAAGACACCAAACCGAACGGUUCCCCUCAUAAGGGAUCGUCUAGCAUGAUCCCAUCCCGGCGACCGUCUACCACCAUCCCACGAGUCUCGUCUUUGGAAAGACAGAGCUUUACGGACACCGUCUACAGCAUCUAUCGAGAUCAGAACCGAUGGGAAACCAGGAGCUCUUCGGUCAACGCUUUCACGCUUCCAAUGAUGAAGCUCAACCACCGAGGAGCUCAGGAAAGAAGGGGUUCGGAUAAAACCGGCGAGGCCAAGCGAGAGUUCCUGGACGCCGAGGACGUUUGCAGGCGUUUGGAGGAUUUGGAAGCGUCUCGGACCACCACGAAGGCCAAAGUGGAACCUCAUCCCAAGUCGGAUUCGGUGGAGGUUUACAGGAGCGGUGGGAGUUUACAAGGAGCUCCUCGCGUCUCUCUGCAGGGUUCCCAGGUUCAGCUGCUCUUGUCCAGUUCUCCGAGUCGCAAGGCCACCGGAUCGCACCUGUCCUUGAGCGCUCUGUCUGACCUCUCCAGGUGUAUGGAUCUGGACAUCUGUCCGUCCAGUCCUCCAGUGGUGCGAUCGAGACGGCUCAGCUGUCCUCGGCUGGAGGGACUCAGCAGCGGAGGCUACACCAAACUUGAAGGCCUUGGCGGCGAAUCCUUCGAGUCCACAGACAACGCCACGCUCAGUCGAGAGAGCUCCGCUGAGGUUUGGGAAAAGGACCAGGAGUGUACCACGAUCAGACAGUAUUCAAAGAAACAGAAACUCCUAAUGGUUUCCCAGUCGGACACCACUCUAGAAGAUGUGGACACGGAGAGAGCAGAUGUUUAACUGUCUGACACACAGUGAUGGUCUUCAGAUCGCAGUCUGAACUAGGGAUGCACGAUGUUAGAUUUCUGCCCAUAUAUUUCUGUCUUUCCUGUGUGGAAAUUAUCAACAAAUUAUUUUAUCUUUGGAUAGUUUUGAAGUUAUACAAAAAAAAAAAAUCUUUUAGAGCUCCUUGUAUUUAUUUUUAACAAUCCAUACGCAGAAACAUAUUUGACGUUAAUGAAGAAUAAUUUAAUUUAUUAGUGUCAUGUUUGUGAUUUUUAUUCAUGUCAGAAAUAGCUUCUGACCUUUAAAUCAAAACAGACUUGUGAUUUAAUCACAUAAAAUAGCUUCAUUUAUUAAGAAACAC